CUAUAUUCAUUUCAUGAACUUCCAAUUAUGGUUGGUUAUCAAAAACGGGGAAGAGGUGCCGAAGACGAAUUUGAUGCCGAAGACAUCUAGAAAGUAGAGAACUACGCAAAGGCGAUUAACAUGCUCUACUGCGCAGUCAACCCCGACGACUACCGCAUGAUCUCCUCCUGCUCAACUGCCAAGGAGAUGUGGGAUAAGCUCGAGGUGACGUACGAAGGAACGGACCAAGUACGUGAAGCCAAGAUCGACUUCCUCACCCAAGAGUAUGAGAUGUUCAGGAUGAAGGAGCACGAAAAGAUUGACGACAUGUUCGACCGCUUUUCCAAGAUAGUCAACAAUCUUCAUGCAUUAAAGAAGACCUACACCGAUAGGGAUCUUGUGCGAAACAUCCUACGGAGCUUGACAUCCGAAUGGCAAUCUAAGGCUGAUGCCAUCUAUGAGUCAAUCGGCACAUCAAAUGUCACCAUCGACGGUUUAAGAGGUAACUUAAAAACGUAUGAAUCUACUAUACUCAACCCGCCUUUAAACGACCAAAGGAAAGGCAUAGCAUUGAAAGCCUUCAAAGAACCGAUGAUGAAUGACUCAAGCGACAAUGAUGAAGUCAAGCUUGUCAUGAAGAAGUUUUGCAAACUUCUAAAGAAGAAAGAAAAGGUUGAGGAUGGCGCUGUGUGCUAUGGAUGUGGUGAAGUCGGGCACAUCAAGAACAAAUGCCCAAGAAUCGGAAGGAAUGCUCGUCACUUCAAAAAGCAAAGAGCAUACAUCUCUUGGGGUGGCGACUCCGGCGAUGAGUCAAGCGAACAAGAGGAAGACGAGGAAGCAAACCUUUGUCUCAUAGCUCAAGAAGAAGAUGAGUCCGCCAACAACGAAAACCAAGAGAUAUGUAUUUCUUCUACCGGUUCUUGUUCUCUUAAAGAAAUGCAAGAAGCUCUCCAAGAGCUUUAUGACGAGUUUGUUAGCGCUUCUAAGACCAACAAAGCUUUAAAGAAACGUUUUUCUAAUCUUGAAACGGAACUUGAAAAACUUCAAAAGGAAAAUGAAAAACUAAAAGAGGAAAAUAAAUUUUAUGGUAAAAGAAGCACCGACAAACCCAAGAGCUCUACGAAAAAUUGUGAAUCUUGCAUAGCUUUGAAUGAACAAGUUGCUGAACUAGAAAAUGCGGUGAAGAAAUUUAAUAAACCACAUAAGGAUCUUAAUCUCGUUUUUGAUUCUAUGCAAUACACUAAACAAGGAAUAGGCUUCCCAGCGAUGGUAAGGUUCUCCCAUCGAUGGGAAGACAAGUACUGGAAAGGGAGGAAAAAAGUGAAGGCAGCCUUCCCAGCGAUGAGUGAAGGGAGCAGUCUGGUGUUGUUGGUUGCCGCCGAAGUCGCCGGAGUGGGGAGUAAUCAUCGCCGGAAGUUUCACCGGAAAAUUUCCAAAACCUCCGUUAAGCUUCGAG